GAUUUCAUUGAUUGGAUUCAUCAUGACAAAAUCAUAUUUACAUCUGCGACAAGUUAUAAUAUCGAAGAGAUAAGAUCGCUCGAUCGUCUCUUGAUUCUAUUAGAAUUGAGCGUUCUAUUUGCAACAGAUAAAUUAAUAGAAGAUAUAACCGACAGGCUUGAGAGACACUUUAUGUCACCAAAAUAUGUAAUUGACAUUUGGUUACUGGCACAAGAACUUAAUAUUAAUGUGCUACGAGAUCUUUCUUUGGCUGUUUGCUUAGAUCGUUUCGAUGAACUGCCACUCGAUUCAAUUUGUGAGUUGUCGAAAAAGCAUUUUAUAAGGUUAAUUGGAAACAUCAAUUUAAGAGCUACAGAAUCUCAUUUGCUUGAUAUUACACGCGAGUGGAUGAACCAUCAUCAUGAUUUUACAGUUUUUUUAGAUAUCAUUGAAAAUAAGAAAGCAAAAAUUUUACAGGGUGUUAUGUCUUGUGAGAAUAUUAAUGGUGAACAAUAUAUUCAUUGCUGGGAUGGUAAUGAUUUUUUUGAGCUAACUUCAUUCAAAUAUUCUACAAAUGUUGUUGAGAAGAGUCACGUUACUGGUAAACCACUCGAAGGAGUGCAGAUCACUGCCAGAAGAUACGAUUUAUAUCUUUGUGGUGGAGAAUAUGGUAUUGGUUCAAAAAAGUUUAACAAAAAUGUAUGGCGUUAUUCUUUGAUAUCUAAGAAAUGGAUUCUUGAGACAGUUAUGCCAGUUGAGAGAAGACAUA